AUGCCAACUGUUACAACUCCUCUUCCAACUACAAAACGCGACCCACAUUUCCAGGAUCGAUUCAAAAUCACGGUUCAUGUUGAACUAUCAAUCUACUUGUUCAUGGGUCUCACACUAGCUUUCAUUCUUAUUAUGAUUGGAGUUAUGAUGGUUUUUCGUUGGUAUUAUCGUCAACAACUCGAGAUUCGACUCAAAGAACUUCAACAAACAUACGAACCGGGAAGAAUCUUCCUGAUGGAGAAUGCAAAUGGAAAUGAAGUUGUUCAAGUUCGUCCUGGUCCAUUAUCUCCUCCGAUUACUGAUCAAACCGAAUACAACGUCGUUGCUGGAUACCUUCGAGACGAUAAAAGAGGGCAACUCUUUUAA